GAGCUGACAUGUGAAAACAGCACAGAUGACUGAGAUGUGGUGAUGUAAGUGCCGGGGAAUUUCACUGGAUGGUGGCCUUCAGGAGGUGGUGAGAAAGGGGGCGAGAAGAGAGAGAGAGUGAGUGAGUAAGUGAGAGAGAGAGAGCGUAAGGCAGAGAGAGCAUGUCAGGAAAAGAGCAGAGUAGUGCGAUGUGAGCGGGGCUUAUUUGUUUUAAGUGGUCUCACACUGACAACAGGAGGUGGGCUCGGCGUCUUGGUGCUUCAUAGCGCUCACCCUGAGAGAGCUUUCUAAGAGUGACAGUGAGAGUCAGACAGACGACAGUUUUCGAUUUGAAAGGACUGAGUUAGUCGGUUGGUCUAGCCAUGGGAAAAACACUCCUCAUUGUCAUAAUGACUGUACUCCUCCUGGAGCUCACGCGAGGGACCAACAGAGGGAAGAACAGGCAUAACAGGACGGAGGGGAUCAGCCCGAGAACUUUCAGAGGCCAAACAAUCCCCAGUCCAGCUUCCCCUCCCUCCAAACUCCACGGAAACCUGCCAUGCUCGUCCCCCUCUGAAGUGGUUGAACCAGGACUGCGGUUGCUCAGCAACAGCACGGUGAUGUAUCUCAGGGGCGCUCUGAGCACCCGGGCCAUUCCCGCCGUUUACAUCGUGGCUAUCGUCGUUGGAAUUCCCGCCAACGUUGCUAUCUUGGUGUCGAUCGGUGCUAAAGUGCGGAGGGUGUCAUCGGCCAUAUUGUACUGCAGCUUAGCGACGUCAGACCUUCUCCUUCUCCUUAGCCUCCUGCUGAAGAUGCACUAUCACUUCGCCGGCAACGACUGGACGUUUGGCGAGGCCGCUUGUCGCCUCGUCACCGCCUGUUUCUAUGGUAACCUGUACUGUUCAGCGCACACGCUAGCCUGCAUCAGUGUGAAGCGCUACUUAGCCGUCGUGCACCCGUUUUUGUACAAGAGCCUGCCCAAGCGCUCCUGCACCGCCUGGGCCAGCCUAGCCGUGUGGGUCAUGUUCUCUAUCGCCAUGGUGCCUGAGCUCCUGGUCCGUCAGAGUUACAGAAUCCCUCAGCUUGGGAUCACCACCUGCCAUGAUGUUCUUCCGGUUGACCAGGGCAGCUCUAACUUUCUGGUUUAUUAUAAUCUGGGCCUGACUUUGUUAGGCUUCCUGCUCCCCCUGAUGGUGACCACUGCAUGUUACACCUCCAUCGUCUGGGAGCUGAACCGCUCUCACCGCGACUGGAGUCUUUACAUCAAGGCCAGCACUUUAGUCUUCUUCAUCUUUGUCCUUGGCUUCGCACCAAGCAACUUCAUCCACUUCCUGCACUACGUGCAGCUGUACUCAAGUGGAGCGGAAAACUUCUACGCCUACUUCAACGUCGCCGUGUGUCUGUGCUGCCUCCACAGCUGCUUGGACCCCUUUCUGUUUAUGCUGAUGUCCAGGACUGCAGGCUCAAAGUUCUACUUCAUGAUCCGCAAAGGAAAGACACUCAGCAUCUCCACUUAAAGUGUAAUUCAAUCAAUUUUACUAGAUUUCUGUGUAAUUCAAUGGGCAAGAUGUAAACAGUCAUUCAGAGUGGUUUGGUGUGAAAUGGUUGACUGUAGAGACUGUAGAGAUUUCUUUACAGUGGUGGUGAUAGGACACAAAAAUACAACACAAAAAUAGACAUUUUAUUUACUAUCCAAAAUGUACACGUUUAUUUGUCGAGUUUUAUAUAUGUUGAUGGUAAAAUAGUUAGAAAAAAACAAGUGUUCUCUGGGGACUACUUUGCCUAAUAACACCCCUUCACCAUGAGUGCAUUUUAAAAAACACAUUUUUAAGCCAAAAUCUUGUCUCAGAAAAUUGGGCAACAGACAGUGUUUCCUAACAGCUUAAUAAAAAGUAAUAACUUUUGGUCAGGGAGCUUUUAGAGGUGGACGUCUGGUUACUAUCACCACCACUGUGAACAGUUCUGACUCACUAAGUCAGAAAAGAGCAUUUCACAUUUUCAAUCCACUCUAAAUGGCCUUGUUUACACUAAUUAAAAAGAAUUGCUGGAAUUCCAUUUUAAACUUACUGGCCAACUGAUAAGGUACCACUUCUGUUCGUGCUAAUGUCCAGGCUGACCCAUGACCCACUUAAAUCAACAAGUAUAAUCAGUACUGAUGCUGAUAUUUACAAAGUGGGAGGGUGGAUGACUGAUACAGCCAUGCUGUUGCGUUUGAUUAAGUACUGGACAAAUUCAUUUGAAAGAAAUCAGAAUCGUGCUUCAUAUAUACUAACAAACUGAGCACAACAGCACAGCCAAGAGCAGCACUAUUAGUUUGUGAUAUUGUCUUUUCUACACUCUUAAAAAUGUUGUUUUGAUGAUGUUUUUUCAAG